AAUUGCAGCAAAAUGCUUCAUGUAUUACUUUUAUGUCUUUUCAAUUUACCCCGCAUAUUUGGUGCAUUUGGUGGUUUAGUCGGUCGAACACAAAGUGCCGGUAUUGAAGGUACACUUAUGUGUAACGGAAAACCACUUGGUGGUGUUCUUGUCAAGUUAUAUGAUGAUGAUAGAGGCAUUGAUUCAGAUGAUUUAAUGGCAGAAGGUAGGACAAAUAAUAAAGGUUAUUUUCAUCUUUCUGGUUAUACCAGUGAAGUAUCAACAAUCGAUCCAAAACUUAACAUUUAUCAUGAUUGCAACGAUGAAUUGAUUCCUUGUCAACGUAAAAUUAGCAUAAUGAUACCUGAUGGUUAUAUAAGUACUGGGAAAACACCAAGCCGAUUUUAUAAUGCGGGAAAUCUUGAACUUUCUGGUAAGUUCAAAGGUGAAACACGUGAUUGUAUUCAUUAAAUUUUGGAAUUUAUAAAUUGUAUGUAGC